GUCCUCCUUUAGACUGGACAAAAACUGUGUCUUGCCUAGUGGAGUUGAGACCAUACCAGUAUUCUGCGUUAUCUGUGUUCUUUAAAGGCUAUUUACCAAUCGGAUUUGGGUGUAGACUAUGGUGUAGGCUUGAGUAAGCGCCUCCCAGUACUGCCCCUGCCUGUGUUGAAUAAUAAUGUAUUCCACCUACGACUUUGUCUUAGAUCAGUGGCAAUUGGGGUAUUUAAUCGACUGGAAGUACAUCGCAACGCGCAUUGAAAGGAUACUUUUCGACGAGUCAAAUGGCUUACGCAGCAUCAGCUAUCAAAAUAAUUGUGCCGAUUCUAAUACUGAUUAUACAAGUCCAGGGGUAUGGCAGAGGACUACAGAAACUUAACAGGCAGAAGAGAACAUGGCUCAUUCCUCCCAGGAAACUAAUGGAAAAUGAUGACUAUACUAAGUGGGAAUACAUAUCAAAAAUACGCAGUGAUGAAGACGUCAAUGUACAAUACUUUCUCGUAGGCAAAGGAGCAUCUGAAGAGCCGUUCAACCUUUUCACAGUGAAUGAACAGACUGGCUUUGUCAGGAUCCAUGGCAUUCUUGACAGGGAGGAGACACCUUUUUACGACUUGAAGGGAGUGGCCAAGUUCACAAACAGCAGCCGUGCAGAGAAAGACAUUGAACUGAAAAUAGUAGUUCUAGACCAAAAUGAUUGUCCACCUGUGUUCUCUUUCGAAAUUACUGGGGAAGUCAGUGAAGCAAGUGCAACAGGUACCUAUGUGAUGAAAGUCAACGCCACAGAUGGAGAUGAGCCCGGGACGCUUCACUCACAGAUAGCCUACAGUAUUGUUGCUGGAGGCGGUAGCAUGUUCUACAUCAACCAGAAAACAGGAGAGAUCCAUGUCAAACAGCAAACUCUAGACAGAGAGAGCCUUGGCACUUACACUCUAACAAUCAAAGGAACUGAUAUGAACGGAAGUCCUGGAGGGCUCUCGGGAACUGGAAAAUUUGUUGUCAAGAUUCUGGAUGUAAAUGACAACAUUCCGACCCUGGAAAAUACCUAUUACGAGGCCAAAGUAAUGGAGAACACAUUCAACGUGAUGGUGUUGAGGAUCAAAGCACUGGACGCUGAUUUAAUCCACACUGAUAACUGGCUGGCUCUCUUCACCAUUGUGUCUGGAAAUGAAGCAGGAUACUUUAGCAUCACCACAGACAGCGAGACAAACGAGGGCAUUCUGGUGCUGAACAAGGCCUUAAACUACGAGGAACUGAAAGAGCUCAACCUGCUGGUGGCUGUUUCCAACAAAGCAAAGUACCACUCCUCCAUCAUCACCUCCACCACCAAGACCAAGACUUACCCCAUCAAGAUUCAUGUCCAAAAUGAGCCAGAGGGCCCUCGCUUCCAGCCUCUAGUCAAAGUGGUGCGUGUCUCAGAGGAUCACACCACCAUUAACCUAAAAGAGGUCAUCACUACCUACGCGGCCAUUGAUAGUGACACGCUGCUGAUUGCAACCAAUGUCAUAUAUGCCAAAGGAGAAGAUAAGCAUAACUGGAUAACGAUAGAUCAACACACUGCUGAAAUCAGACUGAAUAAACUCCCAGACAGAGAAUCCCUCCACCUGGUUAAUGGGACCUACUAUGCCAAAAUAAUUUGUAUCACAACAGAUAUUCCAAGAAAAACAGCCACAGGAAAGAUCGCUAUUCAAGUUGAGGACUUCAAUGACAAUUGCCCGACCCUUACCAGCACGAACCAGACUGUGUGCUUUCAGGAGAAUGUGGUGUAUGUCACAGCCGUGGAUGGGGAUGCCUAUCCAAAUGGGGCACCAUUUGAAUUUAAAGUUGUGUCUAACACAAAAGAAGAGUGGUCUGUAGAGCGCCUGAAUGACAACACAGCCAUCUUACGACCAAAAGAGAGUCUGUGGCCAGGCAGGUACAAGGUCUUUAUGGUGAUCCAGGACCAGCAGGGAAAAGCCUGUGAUGAUGACCAGGUGUUAAAUCUGGAGGUGUGCAGUUGUACCAAGGACAACAAGUGCCUCCCAUGGCUGGAUAGGAUUCCUAGCGCCACACUAGGACCAGCAGGCAUCCUCCUGAUGCUCCUGGGACUCCUACUGCUUUUCUUGCUGCCUCUCCUGCUGCUGUUCUGCCUGUGUGGUGGUGCUGGAGACGUGGGCCGUUUUAAGCCCAUGCCCUGGGAAGCCAAACAGCACUUGGUCGAUUAUAACUGCGAGGGCCAAGGGGAAGAUAAGGACGUGCCCAUGGUGAUCUUUCCAGAAGUGGACGGUGGCUUAGUAACGAAAGUGAAGGUGGACCUCACAUGCGCUGCUGGUUCACAUUUGUCUCAAAGUAACAUUAAUAAUGGACACUACCACUGGUUUAACCAAGUAAACACGGAUCAUGGAACAUGGUAUGGGCAACAUGGCCAAGGAUUUGGGGGAUCAUCAGUCCAGAGGGGUGCAUUUGAAGGCAUUGCUCUGUAUGAGGAGUUCCUUAGAAACUAUUAUUCAAAUAAAGCCAGCUGCGUGGAGGGGCUUGAAUCUGCAAAAGAAAACCUGCUCAUCUAUGAGUAUGAGGGCCAGGAGUCUCCGGUGGGCUCUGUGGGCUGCUGCAGUCUCCCUCGAGGAAGACCACGACCUUGA